AUGAAAGGUAUUUUAAAAUAAUCAGAGUUAACUUAAAGUUUUCAAGCAGGAGCUGGUGCUUCUCAAAAAUUAUCUUUAACUGCAUAACCAAAUUAGAUUAAUAAUUAAAAAUAAUUGAAGUUUUCUUAAGAGAAUGCCUAACAAAGAGCAUCUUAAUCGUUAUCUGUUAAAUAAAACACUUAAAGUAUACUUAAAAAGAACUCUUCGUAUGCAACUUAAGAUAAUGCUGUUAGUUUUUCAAAUAAUAAUACAUACACUAUGGGAGACAAAGAGAAAAGAAUUGAAUAAGAAUUUUUAAAUGCUAUAGAAAAAGAAAAGAAAAAACAAGAGGAAUUAAACAGACAUGAGGUUAAAGACCUUGGAAGAGAUACAUAUAAUUUAUUGAAAAACUUAUACAAGCAAAAGAAUAAAAUUUCAUAAUAAGAUCCACAAAUUCUAUUUGAUUUCUGGAAAAUAAUGAGUAAAUCUGAAAAAAUGAGUUCUGCAAAAGUAGAAGAAGUAAAACCUUUAACUCAAAAAGAGUUAAGAACAUUAAAUGUAUUUGAAAUUAAUUAACACAACUUAAUGGAAAGAAAAUACAAAAUAAGAAAACUUGCAAAUCAACAUCCUGACGAUAUAUUAUUAACAUUAACUACUUAUAGCUAAAUUGAAGCAGAGGAAAUGGAAAUAAACAAAUAGGAAUAAGCAUAAAAGAUUUUUAUGAGAACAGAAAAUUUAAGAAGAAAAUAAUAAGAUAAAAUAAUUGAAAUGAAAGCUAACUAAAAAGAGAGGAUGGAACAACUUUAUAAAAAUUACAAUUUUGAUGAAGAGGAAGAAGAUGAAGAUGAAUAAAAUAUAAAACCUAAAAAAUUAACUCCUGAAGAAUAAAAAUAGAAAGAGCUUGAAAUUCAAAUAGAAAAAGAAAAAGUAGAUGCUAAAAUGAGAGAUGUUUUUGUGGAAAUGAUUAUUGUGCAAUACAAAAAAAGAUACCCUAUUCAAAAAGUUUACAAAAAUAGAUCUGAUUUGAUGGAAUUUUGGGUCGAUGACUUACCGAACAAAAAAGAAUUAAACUUGGAUAUUUCAGAAGAUGAAGCAAGGAAAUAUAUUGAUGACUACUUCUUUUACAAAUGUUUGGAUUUUUUGUACUUAAGAAGAGCAAAACUUGGAUAUGACACAAUGGAUGUUUAGGAACUUGUUUAGUUUUAUUUUACUUUGACGAAAGGAGAAAAAAAAAGGAGGGGAAUUUUCUUUGAAAGCGAAUAAGAUGUAAAUAGUAUGAUCACUUACUAUUUAGAAAGGGCAGAAGAAGAAAGACAAAGAAUUGAAAAUGAGCAGAGAGAAGAGGAAGAGAAAAGAAGAGAAUACUUUGAAAAAAUACAAAAUGAAGUUUUUGGAGGUAAAGAAAUAGUAGCAACUGAUCUUGAUACAUUAGCUCAACCCAAGGACAGAUUAACAAUAGGUAAGCAGCUACUCUACUUAAGGAAAUAAUAUCCUAAUGAUAAGAUCCUGAGGAAAAUGAUUUUAGAGGAAUUUUAAGAUAAUAAAGUGGCUAAGCAUCCUUUGGAGUAUGACUGGAAAGAUGAAGUUAAUGAAGCAAAAAUUUAACACAGAGAAUUAGUGGAAGUCAGACACUCUGGUAAAGGAAAUUUGAGCUUAACAGAUUUAGAAGAACCAUUAGUUUAAAGGACAAAAGUGCUUGCAGAGUUAUUUGAUGAAGAAAUAAACAAUUAUUAUUAUCAUUUAGAAGAUCGAGUACAUAGGAAGGAUGAAGAGAAAAAAGAAAUAUAAUAAUAAAUGAAAAGUUUACAUAAAUACUUAGAAGGAGAAGCAUAACGCUUUAUUUAGCUUAGAAAAAGAAGAUUUGUCUAAAAAGUUCCAACUAUUAAUGAAUUCUUAAGCUAAUUAUAUAAAAGCUGUAAAGAAAGCCCCUCAUAUUGUUUAGCCAUUCAAAAGAAUUUUUACAAUUUUAAUCACGGAGAGUCAAAAAGACUUAAAAAGAGAUCUUAUCCAUACAAAUUUAAAAGAUACUUCUUUGAAGUUGUCCGUUCAUAUGCUGCUAAUAUGCACAAGGAUGCUGUUAGAAAAUUACCUUUCUGGGCUCCCUCUGGAAGAAAUUAUAAAACUCUGAAUUAUAAAGUUUAAAAGCACAGUAGAGAUGAAAAAAUGAUGAAAAGGUAUGAAAAAUACUUAGAAAGUUAGAGUUUGAGUUUAUGGGAUAACAAAAGACUAGAAGAGGAGAAACUGAAGGUUAUGAUGAAAUUCGAAGAAGCAAAAGAAUGCAGAUUCGAACCAAUGGUAGGUUUAAGAGCACCUUUAGAAGUAAAAAGCGUUUUAAAAGAUAGACAGCUUGAAUAUGGUGAAUUGAUAUAAGAAAUAUUAUUCUCAAGGUAGCCUAGCUUUGAAAAAUGGUUAGAAAGAAUGGGACCUGAUUUUAAAAAAAGAUAUCCUAAAGUGUACAGAUUUGGUAUUUAUAAGAGGUGUUUAUCUCUUGUAGAAACAGGAUAGUAUAGAGAGGCAGCUAUUCUCUUGUACGAAAACUUUAAAGUAGAAUAAAUAAGAGCUGAAUUUGAACCUCUUUAGACAAAAAAUUCUACCUAAAGAGUUAUGUAUUCUAUUUAGAACUUAGCUCCUGACUAAGAAAAAAUGAAAUAGCUUAAAGAUGAAGAUUUUGCAGAUUUAAAAAAUAGACGCUUUUUAGAAGACAUUUAUUUUAAUAUAAUUCGUGUUAUGGAUAAGCAUGAAGAAAAAUUGAAGAAAGAUGAAUAGAUUAUUUAAGCUGCUAUAGAGAAGGUGCAUGGAGGUAUGGAUACUUUUGAUAAAUCUCUAAAUAACAGACUUGGUAACAAUACUCAAGGUUAGUUAUCCCACACUUAAUAGCUUUCAAAAUCUUAAGAUACCAAAAAAACUACAAGCUAUAAUCAAAGGUCAUAGUAGCCUAAAACUUAUAUGUGUCCUCUCAAAUCAAAAUGUCCGAGUGCAGUAAAAGACAAAUGGCCAGUAGGAAAUAGGAGUAAUUCUGUUCCAAUUGGAGCUGAUUGUGAAUAUGCUCAUACUUAUGCAGAGCUGAAGUUUAUAAAUGAAAAAAAAGCUAAACUAAAAGCACUAAGUCAGAGGAUUAAUGUUAUAUAAAAUUAAUUAAAAGACGCUUCUUAAUCAAAUUAAAAAAGCUGGAAUCCUGCAAAUAAUAUUUUUGUGAAAUGUCAUGGAUGCGGACCUACAGGACCUUGUUCAAUUUGCUAGCUUAAAAACGCAAAUAUUUAAAAGAUAACAGCUCUCAAAUAAAAAUCCGAUGCUGCAUAUAAAAGGUUAUCUAAAUCUAAGUCUAUUUAAAUUAAGUAAGAAGAUAAAGAAAAGAGAUACAAUUCUAUACAUUUUAAAAUAUCCUCACUGUAAAAAGCAGACAUAUUAUAUAAAAAAGAAAGAUACAGUGAAGCCUUUGAAAUCAUAAGCUAAGCUGCAUUAUUUGUUAAGUAAGAACUAGAAUAAAAUUAGGUUGAAUAAGAAAAAUUAAAAAAUACAUGGUCAUAGAAGCUUCAUGCCUUUGAAGUAAGAAAUAUAACUACUGAAGAAGUUUACAAGAGUUAAUCCCAAGCUAAUGCUGCUUAGAUUACUUUGUAUGCUUAGAAAACAGGAGUAAUAGGAAGCUAAAAGCCAAACACUAACGAAUUCUUAAAUUAUCAAAUUCAAUUAAUGUAUCUAAAGGUAGAAAAAGCUCUAAAUUAAAAGAAAAAAGACAUACAAAUCAUGAAAAAUAAAAUAGAAAAACUUGAAGAAUAGGAAGAGAAAAAAGAUUAAUAAAUAAGAGAGCCUUCAGCUGAUCAGAAAAGCUAAUCUAAAAAAUAAGGAUCUCUAUUAGAUUAAAAGUAUGCAGAUUUAGUCUCAACACAAAGAAAAAUAAAAAAUUUGUAGAAUGCUAUACAAAAGACUGAAGAAGCUAUGCUGUUUAGCUAAACACCAGCUCCCUGGAGACCUUCAAGUGCUUAAGAUGCUGUGUUAGAUUUAGAAAAAUUAAAUGACUAAAUGAUGAUCAAAAACAUGUUAUCUACUCAGAAUUAAUUUAUGAAAAAAACAGAUGCUUUAGCAAAGAAUACAAUAUAAUUAGGGAAAAGUAUUUAUGAAAGAUAAAAAGAAGACUUGCUUACUAAUCCUUUAUACAGAGAAGAAGUUGCAAGGAAUCUUGUUAAUUGA